AAACAGUAUCAACGCCGCCGUCGACGCGUCCACGCCGCUCACAACGCGCACACUUUUCCACCACCGGCGCGGCGCGCAGUCGCCGCCCGAGACUCGGGAAUAUGGAUUUUCCAAAGGGAUGCUGUCAGAGCACGGUGGCGCGCGCGCGGCGCAACAAGGCUCGCGGCUGGCGAUCAUGUCGACCCUUCCGCAUACCGCCCGAAACCUAAUCAGCCGACGAUGUUGAUGUCAACAUCGAGAAGUCCGUAAUGCCUCCGCGACUGUCGGUGCGCAGGUUCUUCCUGUGUCUGCUGUGCUGCGGAGGCGUGCUGCUCGUCCUCGUCAUUUACCACCAUCGCAGCUUUCUGGCGGCGGUCGAUCCGUACACGUUCGGCAGCGACGGCGCGUCCCCGCAGUCAAUCUACGACGCCACCGAGUCGUGGGACCCGGAACCGGGCGAUUCUCACGGCAAGCAUGGCCUGCCUCAAGCGGAGGAUGUGCCGCCGGGGAAACGCCAUUGGUAUUUCAGCGGAGGCACGGAGUUUCCGGAGAAAACACCCGGACCGCACAAACUUUUCCCGUACAAUGAUCCUGGGGAUAGAGUGUUGGAGCAGUUGAUGUAUUUACCUGAUGAUUUUGAAGGAUAUGAUAGUCCAGAGAAAGUAAUUUUGGCCUACAACGGCCUAGGUCAAUGGGACAAGAAGGCUGGAACUGGUGCGUUUCAUGGUUGUCCGGUAAACAGAUGUUCGCUAACGGAUGACAAACGACGAGCGGUGGACGCGGACGCCAUUAUCUAUAAGGAUCACUUUUCGCAUCCAGGCGUGACGCGUUCGCCAAACCAAGUGUGGAUGUUAUACUUCCUAGAAUGCCCGUACCACACGCAAAACAUCAAAUAUGCAGACCUUUUUAAUUGGACCGCUACUUAUCGUAGAGAUUCCACUGUCGUUGCCCCAUAUGAAAGGUGGACAUAUUUUGAUCCAAAGGUCCGACAAAAACCACAGCACUUCAAUUACGCCGCCAACAAAACGAAAAAAGUCGCAUGGUUCGUUUCCAAUUGUGGAUCCCGAAACGGGCGGCUAGCGUACGCCCGUGAACUCUCCAAGCACAUCUCCGUCGACAUCUAUGGCACGUGCGGGCCGCUUCGGUGCCCGCGCCAUGAUAAGGCCUGCUUUGAACUGCUGGACCGCGACUACAAAUUCUACCUGGCGUUUGAAAACUCAAAUUGUCGCGAUUAUAUCACCGAAAAACUCUACGUCAACGGCCUUGGGCACAAUGUGCUCCCGAUUGUGAUGGGAGCACGCCCGGAAGACUACGAACGCAGCGCACCGGAAGGUUCAUAUAUACACGUGGACGAAUUUGCUGGUCCAGCUGAGUUGGCUGCCUACCUACACCGUUUAGAUCAGGACGAUCGCGCGUACAACGCGUAUUUCCGCUGGAAGGGCACUGGUGAGUUCAUCAACACGUACUUCUGGUGCCGAUUGUGCGCCAUGAUGCAUGCGCCCAUCCAGCACAGACACUACGAGGACGUGAACGAUUGGUGGCGCGGUCCCGGCGUCUGUACGGCCAAAUCAUGGCGCAAUAGUGACACGUGACUACCUGCAGAAGUGAAUUGAUCGUAGAAUUAUCGAAAGAUAAAACCAGAAACUGUUUGUUAUGCAUGUCCCAUACAAAAUGGCGCCCAAAAACAUAAUAGUAAAAUUAAAUUUGUUAUCGUAUACAUUACAAGAAGAAGAAACUAAACUAAAACAAGAAAAGUAUUAAUGUGAUCGUAACGCAAAUUAAACGUUUACACAAUAGAAUGUUGUCUAGUGACUAAAGGCUGAGAAAACUUAACCUUGAUAAAACUUAAAUGAGUAAGCAAGUUUUUUGCUGAUCGAGAAACUUGAGUUUGCAUUAACUCCGCAAAAAGUUAUUUCAUUGCGUAAUAUGUAUUAAAAUGGCACAAAGUAAGCCAACGAUUAUGAUUACAAAAAUCCAAUCAUGCCGUAUAUAGAAUUAUUUGUAUAUUAUUUUUAACUUUUUACUUUUAAGCACAUCUAGUCGGCUCAUUUUACUUAAUUUAAAAAUAAAUUAAAGUUAAACAUGGCGACUGUAAAGGCGCUCACAAUUUACAAUCGUAUUUGUGUCGUUAGAUGAAGAUUUUUGUAUAAAUAUUGUCAUCGAUGGUUCAACGUUUCUCUGUAAAUAAUGCAUGUACCAACCGAUGUGUACGUUGUACAAAUAAAUACAUACCAAAUGGAAAA